AUGGAAAGUGGAAACCAAAUCGUGCUCUUGAUUUUGCAAAUUUUUGUUUUGUUGGUGAAAUCCAAGAAAUUCUCGGAGCAGCUAGCUUUCAAAAUUGGCAGAUUUACGGAACCUGUUUUUGUUUCUUCCGCUUUUACUCGUGUUUUUAUCGGGUCGAUUGAUCGCUGUCUUCAUGCAGUUAAUCGCGCGCCUUUAUCAUAUGCUAUCACCAUCGAAACGAUUCUGUGCGGUUCCAUUUUGAUUCCAUUCGCUAACAUGCGCUGCUCGUUAAUCGACGCAAGCAAUGUUAGCCUAACAUUUUCAUUAAUACAACUAAAUUUGAUGUCUUUCCCUGAAGAACAUGAUUAUAUAGGUAAUUGUCUCGGAAGAAGUUACCUUUAUCCUUCUUCUUCCUCCAUUGUUUCUACAGAAAGCGAGAAAAACAGUGUUUUGAACCUCAAAGAAACUGAGCUGAGACUGGGGUUACCUGGUUCAGAUUUUCUUGGAAAAAAGGCUGGAACUGUGGUUUCUCUUUUUGGGAAAGAUUUGAAAGAUGAGGGCAAUAAUGGGUUUUCACAAAUCCCUUUGAAGAACUUCGUUUCAGCUGGACCUUCUGGGAAAGAAAUUGGAAACCCUAAUCCUGCAAAGCUUGUUGAGGAGAAAAAGAAUGAAAAUAAUAGUACUGCUCCUGCUUCAAAGGCACAAGUGGUGGGAUGGCCACCAAUUCGAUCUUUCCGGAAGAACACCCUAGCCACCAAUUUAUCUAAAAACAACAAUGAUGGUGAGGGAAAAUCAGGAUUAAGCUGCCUUUACGUGAAGGUUAGCUUGGAUGGUGCUCCAUAUUUGAGGAAGAUCGAUCUCAAAACCUAUUGCAGCUAUGCAGAGCUUUCUUCUGCUCUUGGGAAAAUGUUUAGUUGCUUUACCAUUGGGCAAUAUGAGUCUCAUGGACUUCCCGGGCAAGCGAAUCUUAGAGAGAACUGCUUAAAGGAUCUUCUCAAUGGCUCUGAAUAUGUGCUGACGUAUGAAGAUAAGGAUGGUGACUGGAUGCUUGUUGGUGAUGUUCCGUGGGAGAUGUUCACUGAUUCUUGCAAGAGAUUAAGGAUCAUGAAAGGCUCAGAUGCAACCGGGCUAGCUCCGAGGGCCAUGCAGAAGUGCAAGAACCAAAGCUAG